ACACACUAUUUCUUCUUCAAAUCUCAUCACUUACUCUCAUUUGUCGAUCUCGAUCUCUCUAUAUAUAUCUCUCUCUCCCUCACCAUGUCCAUAAAUUUGUGACGAAAUUGAAGAACAAAGGCACAUAUUAUCAUCAAAGCUUAAGGUGUCAGCCAUGUCUGUGGUAGAUCCUUGGCCGAUGAAUUGAAAAAAACAAUCAAUUUAUAUCAGAAGAUUUCUUAUUCCCACGUUUAAAAGUCGAUUUUGGAGCUGGGUGUUUGAUUUUCUUGAAAAAGAGAUGAAAAUUCGAGGGUUUUUGAUAAAGCAUAGAGUCAGUUCACUUUUCCGGCGAGUUUGCCGGAGAAAUCUUUCGCCAUCAGCGGGUUACAGACGGUUAGACCAGUCUCCGAGGUCUAUGUCAAAGUUGCUAAAGUGGGGUGUUCGGCUCAAGACGAAAGCAAUGGCUAUAUGUUCGAAAAACUCCGGUUUUCAGCAGAAGAACCUGGUUCUUGGAAAGGGUUUAGCUCAGCCGCGGGCGGCGGUGCCGAAAGGGAAGAUGGCGGUGUACGUCGGUCAGAAAGAUGGAGACUUCAAGAGGGUGUUGGUGCCGGUGAUAUAUAUAAACCACCCUUUGUUUGGGCAGUUACUAAGGGAGGCGGAGGAGGAGUACGGCCACAACCACUCAGGCGGGAUCACCAUACCUUGCCGGAUUUCGGAGUUUGAGAACGUGAAGACUCGGAUCGCCGCCGUAUGUGGUUGCCGGAAAUUGCUGACGCGGUGGAGGCGUACAAUCUGACGAUGACGAUUAAUAGCAAGGCUUUUUUUAGGGUGUUUUUAGGUUAAACCUUUUUUCAUGGCAAAUGUGUAAAAUCCAGAGUAACAAAGAUGUAUUAACUUGUAUCCUGUGCAUAAAAAGUUGUACUGUAUUUUGGAUUUGGUCAUUUUUGCUUUGAAAAAGUCCUUCAUUUUUUUUAC